AUGCGCAAGUACAAUGGGCCACAGACUUCGGUCAGUCAAUCAGUGGAUGGAUUCUUCAAUUGGAUGUACUGGAACCUAGCUGAACCACUUGCAGAGACCCCGGUGGAUGGUCAACUGAAUGGAGCAGCACUGGUCAUGUCGGGCGCUGUCCUCCCAGGAGAUACUUCGUCUGAGAUGCCCAAGGCCUUGCUUGGUGGAGAUCGGCAGCACAAGGAGCUCACACUGGCUAGCACCGAUGUUGUCAGUGCAGAGGUGGUGGAGGAGAAGGAGGAGGACGAGGAGGAGGAGGAAGAGGUCUUGGAGAUCUACUUUGUCCUCCCACCAGAUGUGCCGAAGGACAGUUCGACAGAGGCUACAUGCCUUCUUCGUGCUUUGGAUUUGGCGCACCAAAAGUUGCAGGUUGGCCAUACACAUGGUCCUUUGGACCAAAGGCUGGGUGUGGCUGUGGCAGCCUUUGGUCAAUCCCAAUCCAUCCAGACGCAAGAGGACUUUGUCUCUGUGAUUUUGGAAAAGGUGACACCAGCUCGCAAGCGUGCAUUGCAUGCUGAAGUCAUGCAUGGUAGCUUGAACUACAAGAAGUACUUGGAACAAUACCGUGUUGAGAUAGCAGGUCUGGACCUUCCUCUCUAUGAUGAGGCGACAGAAGAUACCUGGGCACCGGUGGAGAUCAACGAUGAAACCUACACCCAGAAUCCUGAUGAUUGCAUCAUGCUGGUAAAGCGCUACAUCAACAGCUAUGAACUGAGCCAAGAACCUAUGGUGUUUCUCCCUUCUGAUUUCAAGGCUUUCAUGCGUGAAGGGUUGGAAGCACUUCCCCGGAAUCUCCUCACCGAUCGAACCAAGAAAGAGUGCCUGAAAACGGCAGGAUUGGUGGAAGCUGAGCCUUGGGGGCUUACCAGGGCAGCUGCUGCUCUCCGACAGUUGGUGGAUGAGAAUGACCGACAAGAUUGGCCACCUGUUGCAGCACCAUCCUGGUGGUUUGACAAUGCUCCCCGACCAAUUUGCGUGGCUCCAAAUCCAGAGGGGUGGGAAAAAUUUGCCCCGGGCAAGAUUCGAGCAGUGACCAUUGGUAUGGAAAAGCCAAAGGCCACUGCCAAGCCAAAACCUGUGUCAAAGACUCUUGAUUCCGCAGCUGUCCCCAAACGCCGUGGUCGCCCCCCCAAAUCUCGCCCAGCGGCUGCUGCAGAAGGAGCUGCUGAUGGAGAUCCAGUCUCUGGCAGGAAGGGCAGAAAGCGCAAAGAGCCUGCAGAAGAAGGGCCAUGCAUGGAGGGUGUGGGCAAACCUGUCUUGGUGGUUCCCCCUGAAACUGUUGGCCCUGGCAUGGAACCUGACCCAGUUCAAGAAUGUGAGGGGACCCCCAAAUCUGAGUGGCCUACAAGGUCAACAUUUGCAGGGCGCCCCAAGGGCCAAGAUCAAAGUGUACAGAUUUGGGAUGAUCGUAGAAACGCAUUCUACUCCCGUGUUCCCCAGAAGUAUUGGAAAGAUGCUCUGGAAAGGGAUUUCUGGCGACUUUGUGUUGAACAUGGGGAUACUACCAUGGGUGUUGACAAGUUCAUGAUGAAGAUGGAGCCUUGCAAGAGUGCUGCCAAGGCAAAAGCGAAGGCGAUCAAGAAAGAUUGUCGUGGGCGUGCCCCGGGACCCCGGCGAGCUACUGGUCGUGGCCGGGCAUGUGGCAAUGGCAAGUGA